AUGGCAACUUUGCACGGCAAAGAGUCACUUGCGCACGACAAAGACUCCUUUGCACGGCAAAGACCUUUUGCCGCACGGCAAAGGUGGCCGCACGGCAAAGGCAUGUGGGUCAACCCUAAUCGCUACACAUACGCGUUCCGACCAGAUCGAAUCAGACCACCACACACGCCCUCCUCUCAGUACCCCGCGCCGCCGCCUCCUGCCACCACACACGCCGCCGCCAACACCCACGCCGCCACCACCACCCACGUCGGCCCGCGCCGCCGCCACCACCCACGCCGGCCCGCGCCGCCUCGCCUCGGCACCGCGCACGAUUCGCCGCCGGCGCGCCCCCACUUUGGGUCCUGUUGCUCGCGCCGCUGCUGCUGCCCGUGGCCGGCCGUCCCUUUCUCCUCCUCUGCGAGAAGCUCCGGUGGCCACCACGCCCGCGCCAGCCUCCUGCGCCCUGCCUCCCGCGCCCGGCCUCCACCUCCCGUGCCCCUGCACAUUGCAUGUAAGGUAUGA